AUGAUCAUUCACUCGAAAGGCUUUGGUUUUAUAAUGGGUUUAACAGUCGGUGUUUGCUCGCUUGUUAACGCAGUACUUGGAUUAGCACACGGAGAAACCACAGGAAUGAACGGGCAGAACGGACAGGAUGGUCAAGAUGGACAAGAUGGGCAAGAUGGUCAGCAUGGAAAAAGUGGUCUAUGUGGAUGGAAUGUUCAAGUUGGAUGGUCUGGCAUUUCAUGGACCCCAUUAGAUAAGGAACAACUGGAACGACAACAACAGAAGAAUAAAGAAAAGCAGGAACAAAGAUUACAAAGGGAGAUAGAGAGAGCUGAGCAAAGACAGCAAAGGGAGAUAGAGAGAUCUGAACAAAAACGGCAAAGGGAGAUAGAGAAAUCUGAGCAAAGACAGCAAAGGGAGAUAGAGAAAUCUGAGCAAAGACAGCAAAAGGAACAAGAAAGAAUUGAACGGGCCAAGCGAAAACUGCAUGAAAAGCAGCUAGAGAUCAAUGCAAUGCAAGAGCAACUCUCUAAACAAGAGGAAUUGCAUGGCAAAAGAGAUCAAAACCCAAGGAAUUACUAA